CUCGGGAGGGGGAGGAAGAGAGGUGAGUAGGUGCUCCCCAAACGUGGAGGGAGGAGUGGAGCUGGACCAGGCUGCCAAGAUGGCCUGGCCUUGCAUCAGCCGGGCUUGCUGCAUCGCCCGCUUCUGGAACCAGCUGGACAAAGCCGACAUCGCCGUGCCUUUGGUCUUCACCAAAUACUCGGAAGCCACCGAGAUCCACGGGACCCAUGUUUUUGUGCAGCAGCAGCAGCAGCAGCAGCAGCAGCACCUGCCACGCCCAUCCUCGGCCAUCGAGACCCAGCCCGCUGCCCUUGGCGGGGGUGACCUGGAUGCGGUUGCCAGGGCGACCUCUGCAGCUGUGGACCAAGCGGCCCCGGGGGGCCAUCAGAAGCCCGGGCAGACGAAAGACCCGUCGGCCGACUCGGUGAUGCGCCAGGACUACAAGGCUUGGAAGGUGCAGAGACCCGAGCCCAGCUGCAAGCCGAAGAGCGAGUACCAACCGUCGGACACGCCCUUCGAGAAGGAGAGCCAGUACCAGAAGGAUUUCCGCGCCUGGCCCAUCCCCAAGAGAGGCGACCACCCCUGGAUCCCCAAACCUAUGCCCAUUCCUGCGGUGGAUCUGGACAAAGGCUCCAAGGAGAGGCCCGGGAGCCUGGAGAGGAGGAGGAAGACCCACGUGGCUCAAGAGAAGGAGGAGAGAGGGAAGGAGGAGGAAGCCAACCCCACCAAGCCUGAAGAAGCGAGGGUCAAGAAGACCAAGAAGAAGGUCCUUGUAUCCGAGGGCGACCCGCUGGAGCAGCAGCAGCAGGUGGCGGCCGGGUAUUCCACUUCGCUCGACACCGGCAAAGGACGGGCAGCCGUAGAUGCGCUCAACCGGCAGAUCAAGGAGGAAGUCACAGCCCGGGUGAGCACCUCCUCCUACAGAAAUGAAUUCCAACCCUGGACAGACGUCAAGCCGGUGAAAGCCAUCAAAGUCAAGCCCCAGUACAAAUUUCCGGAGGGGAAGAUGAACCACAAAACGAGCUACAGCACCCAGUUCACUGUCGAAGGGGCGAAGCCCGGCCCUUCGGAUAACAAAUUCCUCGAGCAUCGGAGGAUACGGAGCCUGUACAGCGAGCCCUACAAGGAAAUCUCAAAGGUGGAGAAGCCGAGCCCUCAGCCUUCUAAGCCAAAAAAGACGACCACAAGCCAUAAACCCCUGAAAAAGCCCAAAGAUAAGCAGAUGGUUUCGAGCCGGUCGUCCAAGAAAAAGAGCGCCGAGGGGCCCAGCGGCACAAGCGCCGAGGAAAAGGAGAAGAGUAAAGAGAUGAACAAUAAAUUGGCCGAGGCGAAAGAUGCCUCCGAUAAAACAACCGGUGCUACAGACAAGGAGCCCAUUUCCUUAGGACGGGACCAACUGGUCGAGGUUAAGCCCCUGCCUUCUAUUCCUGAGUAAGCAGUCGGGACAAGCAUGUAGCCUGCAUGAAACUUAUAAAAGACUUAUUUGAAUAAUAGUACCAAGAAAAUAAUAAUAAUUCA